GAAGCAGCCUGCCCUGCAACCCCCUUCCAGAUAAGCGUGCACGCGCGACAUUGAACGAUUAUGGCUGCAGGUUGUGUGCGGCAACUGCUUUGUCAUGCAGUCCACAUGGUGAAUGGGGGGAGUCCAGGCUCUUGGACACCAGCAUUGAGGAUUCUUAGGUGUGAAAAGAGCAGCAUCUUUGCUAAGCCUUGGAGAUGGUCUUCCUUCUGCACAGAUGCGGAUGACUCGAACCAGACUCCUGCAGUGAAGAAAAAAAAGCAGGAUCCUCGGGCUCGUACCACAAUCACCAGCGUCGGCCGGAAAAUCCCGCAGCGCCAGAUCCAAGUCAUCAGUGAGGAAGGGGAAAACUUGGGUCUCCUCCACCGCGCAAAUGUGCUCAGAAUCAUGGAUGAGAAGGGCCUCAAACUGGUGGUACUCAGUGAACGUCAGGAUCCUCCGGUGUAUCGUCUGAUGAGUGGGAAACAAAUCCACGAAGAACAGAUGAAAAUGUGGGAAAAACAGAAAGCCAAGGCAGCUCCUGUGCAGGUCAAAGAGCUCACCUUUUCUUCGAGUAUUGCUUCUCACGACCUGAUGACCAAACUGAAGCAGGUGGAGAGCUGGUUGGAGAAGAAGCACCAUGUUAGGAUAACACUACGCUCUCCACGCAAAGAGUCCACAAACAACUUGGAUGAAAACCUAGAGCACAUGGUUCAUCAAAUGGAGGUGAUGGUGGGAUUUGUUUCAAAGCCAAAAGUCAUACGUGAGGGUCAAGCAGCCAUGUGUAUCCUUCGGCCACCUUCAGCAAAGGAACUGUCCAAAAGAGACAAAGAUCAACCUCCAUUGUUGCAGUCUGCCAGCCCAAAGGCUGCUGACAAUGAAAUGUCGCCUCUGGACACAAAAGAGGACUCUUCAAUAAUGACCAAUAAGAAAUAGGACAUAUUUGCAAUUAAAAUAGACUGACUGGUUAGCACAUCCACCUCACAGUUCUGAGGUCCCGGAUUCAAAUCCAGCCUCCCCUGUGUGGAGUUUGCGUGUUCUCCCCGUUCCUGCGUGGGUUUUCUCUGGAUACUCCGGUUUCCCCCCACAUCCCAAAAACAUGCAGGCUGGGUUAGUUGAAGACUCUAAAUUUUCCAUGGGUAUGAAUGUGAGCGUAAAUGUUUGUUUUGUCUCUGUGCCCUGCGAUUGGCUGCUCAACAAUUAAACAAUUCAAGCAUGGUUGGUCUAAAAUAAGAUAUAUUCUGGUUAUAAUGCAAAUGUUUUGGACACGUCUUAAUUAACAGGUAAGGGGGUUAGUCUCCACUGAGACUAAACUGAAUUAAAAAUGUUGUACAAA